CUGCAGCCUUCGUCCAGCGCGCCAACCCUAUCAUGACGAAGGAGUAUCAAGACCUCCAGCAUCUGGACAAUGAGGAGGGCGACCCGCGCCAGCUUAGGAAAGGGCCGCCUGCUCCCCUUCCCCUGCUGCGGCGUCUCUGCUCCGGACCCCGCCUCCUCCUCCUCUCCCUGGGUCUCAGCCUCCUGCUGCUGGUGGUGAUCUGCGUGAUCGGAUCUCAGAACUCCCAGCUGCAGGAGGAGCUGCGGGCCCUGCGGGAGACCUUCAGCAACUUCACAGCCAGCACCGGGGCCGAGGUCACGGCCCUGAGUACCAAGGGAGACAGUGUGGGUAAAAAGAUGAAGUCACUGGAAUCCGAGCUGGAGAAGCUGCAGCAGGACCUGCACGAAGAUCACUCCAAUCUGCUACUGCACGUGAAGCAGUUUGUGUCCGACCUGCGCAGCCUCAGCUGUCAGAUGGCCACGCUGCAGGGCAACGGCUCCCAGCACAGCUGCUGCCCCGUGAACUGGGUGGAGUACGAGGGCGGCUGCUACUGGUUCUCGCGCACCGGGAAGCCGUGGCCAGAGGCGGACAGGUACUGCCGGCUGGAGAACGCGCACCUGGUCGUGGUCACCUCGCGCGCAGAGCAGAAAUUCAUCGAGCACCACAUUGGCUUCCUGAACACUUGGAUGGGCCUGUCCGACCCAGAAGGAUCCUGGAAGUGGGUGGACGGCUCCAGCUACGAGCUGGGGUACAAGAACUGGAGGCCAGGCCAACCAGACGACUGGUCGGGGCACGGGCUCGGCGGGGGCGAGGACUGCGCGCACUUCACCAACGAUGGCCGCUGGAAUGACGACGUGUGCCAGCGACCCUACCGCUGGGUGUGUGAGACAGAGCUGGGCCUGCCUGGCUAGGCACCCCCUGCCCCAUUAACUUGUUCCUGGGGGCUUUGACCUACUGAAGGGGCCCCUCUGCCUC